ACCGGGCCUGUAGUGGUGUCUUGGAACCUCUGCGCCAGGCCCCCUUGGCUUGGGGGCAGCUCUCAGAGAGGGCCCCGGGAAGCAACACCCACACUGAAACGGAGUUCCCCUAAAACCGAGUUCCUCUGCCAAGUUCCUCCUCAGCCUCUCUAUGCAAACCUUGUUCCCUGUCUUGUCUGACACCUGUUCCCCUCAAGACUGAGGAGUACCAAAAAAAGGGGGGGGGAUUGAAACUGAGCAGGACCCUGGGGGGCCUCCUGAGUACAAAUCCUUCCCUCGUCCCCCGUUUCUUGUUUGUAGGAAACGGGCUUUAUUCAGCCCCCUAAGACCUUCCCUGAGUUCCAAAGGGCAGGUUCAAACCUUUGCUAAUCAGGGAAGGGAGGGGAUGCAGAAACAAAGGAGGGGCAGUCAAGAAACUACAGCCUUGGGGCAAGGUCCUGGCUCCCCUUGGAGCUCUCCUGCCAGAACUAAGGCCCCCACCCAGGUGGAAGAUGGCGACUACCAGCUGGGACCCCAGAGCACCGCCGAGAAAGUCACAUGCCCUGCUGCCCUCACCCCAAAUUUUGCCUAUUAAAGGCUCCCCAGAAACCAUCGGGGAGUACAGGGUUUUUAAACACGAGCCACCCGUUCUCCUUGCUCGGCCCCCCAGUAAACCCGUCUCUGCUCCAGACUCCGACGUUUCGGUUUGUUUGGCCUCACUGUGUGUCGGGCACACAGACUUGCAUUCGGUAACAAGAUCCUUGCGGGAGCAGAGGGGGUGGCCGGGGGCCACAGCUCAGUGGGCCGCCCAGUCCAGCCCGGGCUCGCCCCCCGGGGGCAGCAGCACCUCGCUCGCUCGCUCGCUCGCUCGCUCGGGGAGGACCUGGAAUGGUUAACCUGCGACACCUCCAGCAGCCAAUCACAGGGCCCCGCAGGAAAUGCCUGGAGAGCCUCGCCGGGGCGGGCGGGUCCCAGCCCAGCCCAGAGUCUGGCACCAGGCAGCCCACCCAGGCGACCAUGGCCUCCCUGGAACUCAGAGCACCCGGGGGCCGCAGCUUGGCUGGCCCGGCCGGGCCCAAGCCAGGGCUGCUGCUGGCCUUGCUGGCUGUGCUGGCGUUGACCGGGACGGCGACCCCACCUGCCCGUCUACUGAUCCUGCUGUCCUCAGGCCGGGGUGUUCUGGAUCGCAAGGCGCUGGGCAGCCUGUUAAAUACACUAGCGGUCCGUGUGCAUUGCGCCGACGGGCCGUGUGGAAAGUGCCUGUCUGUGGAAGACGCCCUGGCCCUGGGCAGGCCUGAGAAGCCAGGGCUCCACUCCGCUCAGGCCCUGGAGCCCAGGCACAUCGCCCGCCUCAGCGCUGCCGCCGCCCUCUACCUCAGCAACCCGGAGGGCACCUGUGCGGAUGUCCGGGCUGGCCGCUGGGCCUCCCGCGCCGACCAGCUCCUGGCCCUGCUCGAGAGCCCUGAGGCCCUGACCCCAGGCUUGACCAGGCUGCUGCAGAAGAUUGAGGCCCAGGCCGCUGGCCGGCCCACUUCUGCGGAGGCCUGUGUAGACCUGCCUCAGCUGUUGGAGGAAGCAGCGGGGGUGGGGUCUCCCGGCAGCCCCGGCCCAGUCCUGGCUGCCCUGCUGGACCACGUCAGGAGCGGGUCCUGCUUCCGAGCCCUGCCGACCCCUCAGUACUUCGUGGAUUUCGUGUUCCGGCAGCACAGCAGCGAGAACCCCAACAUCACACUGGCUGAGCUGGAGGCCUUGAUGCAGCGCCUGGGGGUGGGCGGAGAGACCGAGACCCAUGGUGACCACAGUGACCACGGUCAUCGGGGAGAGGGGGCCAACCGCCAGGGCCCUGUGCCCCCUGCCACCCCCAACAGCAGCUCCAGCAUGUGGGACACAGUAUGCCUGAGUGCUGGAGAUGUGAUGGCUGUGUAUGGGCUGUCUGAGCAGGCUGGGGUGACACCGGAGGCCUGGGCCCAGCUGAGCCCUGCCCUGCUCCAGCAGCAACUGAGUGGGGCCUGCAGCCCCCAGCCUGAGCAGCCCACCCAGGACCAGCUCAGUCAGGUGCAGAGGUACCUAUACGGCUCGCUGGCUACACUGCUCAUCUGCCUCAGCUCCGUCUUCGGGCUCUUGCUGCUCACCUGCACCAAAUGCAGCACUGCUACCCACUACAUCAUCCAGACCUUCCUGAGCAUGGCUGUGGGCGCGCUCACAGGCGACGCCCUUCUGCACUUGAUGCCUCAGGUGCUGGGGCUGCACUCGCAUGAUGGCGAAGGCCUUGGCUCGCAGCCCACCUGGCGCCUCCUAGCUGCGCUGGGUGGUCUCUAUGCCUUCUUCCUGUUCGAGAGCCUCUUCAACCUCUUGCUGCCCCUGGACCCGGAGGACCGAAAGGACGGGCCCUGCAGCCACGGCCACAGUCACGGCGGCCACAGCCAUGGCGUGUCCCUGCAGCUAGCGCCGAGCGAUCUCCGGCCUCCCAAGCAGCCCCACGAGGGCUCGCGCGCAGACCUGGUGGCGGAGGAGAGCCCCGAACUGCUGAGCCCGGAGCCCCGGAGACUGAGCCCAGAGCUGAGACUGCUGCCCUACAUGAUCACGCUGGGAGACGCCGUGCACAACUUCGCCGACGGUCUGGCCGUGGGCGCCGCCUUCUCCUCCUCCUGGAAGACGGGGCUGUCCACCUCGCUGGCCGUGUUCUGCCACGAGGUGCCGCACGAGCUGGGGGACUUCGCGGCCCUGCUGCACGCGGGGCUGUCGGUGCGCCUGGCGCUGCUGCUGAACUUGGCCUCGGGGCUCACGGCCUUCAUCGGCCUCUACGUGGCGCUCGCGGUAGGCGUCGGCGAAGACGGCGAGACCUGGAUCCUGGCGGUAGCCACUGGUCUCUUCCUCUACGUGGCGCUCUGCGACAUGCUCCCGGCCAUGCUGAACGUGCGGGACCGGCGGCCCUGGCUCCUCUUCCUGCUGCACAACGUGGGCCUGCUGGGCGGCUGGACCGUCCUGCUGCUGUUGUCGCUGUAUGAGGAUAAUAUCACACUCUGAUAGCCUCUGCCCCAGUCUCAGCCCUUGACUCUGGCUCCUGGCCCUGCACUAUCUCAGCCCCUUAGAAACCGCAGCCACCCGGAGAGCCCCAGUGCCCACCUUCAAUAAAGAUACUUGUG